AGUCGGGCGCAGCUGUCUGUGAGUUCUUUUUAAAAGCGGCCUGUGGAAAAGGGGGCAUGUGCCCAUUCCGACACAUCAGUGGGGAAAAGACAGUUGUCUGCAAACACUGGCUACGAGGACUGUGCAAAAAGGGAGACCAGUGCGAGUUUCUACACGAGUAUGACAUGACCAAGAUGCCUGAGUGUUACUUCUACUCCAAAUUUGGGGAAUGCAGUAACAAAGAAUGCCCAUUCUUGCACAUUGACCCGGAGUCUAAGAUCAAAGACUGUCCCUGGUAUGACAGAGGCUUCUGUAAACAUGGUCCCCUCUGCAGACACCGGCACACUCGAAGAGUCAUUUGUGUGAAUUAUCUAGUAGGAUUCUGUCCAGAGGGGCCUAGCUGUAAAUUCAUGCACCCUCGAUUUGAACUGCCAAUGGGAACCACAGAGCAACCACCACUGCCUCAACCGACACAAACGCAGCAAAAGAGGACACCCCAAGUCAUCGGAGUAAUGCAGUCUCAAAAUAACAAUGCUGGGAACAGAGGACCCCGGCCGUUGGAGCAGGUCACCUGCUACAAGUGUGGUGAAAAAGGUCAUUAUGCCAACAGAUGCACCAAAGGACAUCUGGCCUUUCUCAGUGGACAGUGAAAGAGCAGAACGAAGAGUGCAAGGGAGCUAUUAACACUGAGAAAAGGUUUCUGCCUAGCGCUAUGUCUUGAACUGUUAAUCAGGGGGGUUUUUUAAUGCCAUUACUGAAAGAACUGGUCAGAGGCUGGCUGCUGCUAAGCAACAUUUUUGUAACUGUCCAUAACUUUUUUGUUUUAUGUUUUAACCUUUUUAAAAUAGAUUUUGGCCUCUGCCUCUCUUCACUGGGCCCUGCUGAAAGGUUGAUCUAAAAGCCAAUAGAUAUGCAAACCCCUCACUGGUGCAGCACUCUACCUAAACACAUCUUCUGCCAGUGUUUCUUUAAAGUGUUUUCCUUCUGCCACUUCUCUUUGGGGAACCUAUGGAAGCAGGCAGAUUGACUGGGAAAACUAAUACUUGAAAUGCCUUCCCUUCAGUGAGGAAGCAGGGAUUUUGCUGUCCUGUAGCUCUUAAAAAGCAAAGCUGUGUUCCCAGGUCCAGCCUGUUGUAGUCGAUAAGCUUGUCCUGGUG